CUUUUUUCAAAUAAAUAUUACCUGACAUAGGAGUUUAAAAUAUAUAGAUUCACGUUAGUCGGCAACGUGCGAACAACAAAUGCGCUCUGUUGAGGUAUUAAUUUCUAUAAAAAAACGCUAUAAACAUUAUACGAUAUAUUUUACAGAACGUUUUAUUAUAAUUGUAUAAGUUAGACAACUAUAAAUCAACUGAGUAAAAUAAAAUGGAAAAAACUAGAGUCAAGUGGUUAUUCUAUAGUGUAAUUUUUUCUGUUUUAACGAUUUCUCGGAUUCAAUCGUCGGAAAUACUUGUUAUAUUCCCUACAACGGCUCAGAGUCACUACAGGGUAGUCAGACCGCUGAUCCACGGCCUACUAGAUCGAGGACAUAAAAUAUUAGCAAUUACAAAUUUCCCCGAUGACGAACGAUCAAAUUUAUCGCACAUCAAUAUUGCCGGAUUUAAGCCACAUUCAAAAUUUUAUUCCCACGAAAACACCAUAAUGAAAAUAACAACACGUUUAUCUGACAAUGUGUAUAAGUACGCAGCUAUACUCGAUCAUCCGCAAGUAUCAAAUCUUUUACAAUCUGGUCGAAAAUUUGAUUUAGUCAUUGUUGAAUAUUUUACAACUACAGCCCUGUUUACACCAAUUGCAACGGUAGUGAAUGCACCUAUUAUUGGUAUUGCUCCUAUGAUAGUAUUGCCAUGGACGAACGAAGUUAUGGGUCAGGAAUCAAUAGUAAUGCCAUACGUAUCUGAUGUUUUAAAUAAUUCUACAACUCUCGAAUCAUUUGGCAUUCGUAUCACAAAUUAUUUAUUUUGGAUGUUCCUAAAUUAUCCUCUCAGUUGGAUUCUUAACUCGAAAAUCCAAGAAAUGAACGAACUUCAUUAUGGAUUACGAAAAAAAUCGAUAGUUCAAUCGAUGGCCAAUCUUAGUAUGAUUUUGAUAAAUAAUUAUCCCGGUGUAUUUUUAUCAACACCUAGAGUGCCUGGAAUUGUUGAUGUCGCUGGUAUACACGUAGAAGACGAAAAACCUCUUUCACAAGAGUUUAAAAAUUUCAUAAAUAAUGCUCACCAUGGUGUUAUUUUAUUCAGUUUGGGUUCAGUAGUAUCUGAAUCUUUAUUGGCUGGAGAUAAACUAAAUAACAUAAUGAAAACAUUUUCUAAACUUAAACAGAGAAUUAUUAUGAAGUUUGAUCCUGAGAAUUACAAUGGAACACGGCUAUCAAAUGUGAAAAUGGUCAAAUGGUUUCCGCAAAGAGAUCUUUUAGCUCAUCCAAAAGUACUUCUUUUUGUGUCACAUGCUGGCAUGAUGAGUGCAAUUGAAACAAUACAUUGUGGUAAGCCUAUGGUAGCCAUACCUAUAUUUGGUGAUCAACCACUUGUUGCUAAUAUUUUGGUUGAAAAACAAAUGGCUGUCACUGUUGAAUAUGAACAUUUGAAUGGCAACCAACUUUUUAAUGCUAUUAAUGAAGUACUGACUGAAAAUUACAGAAAUAAUGCUAAAAACCUUCAACAAUUGUACAAUGAUCGACCACAGUCACCCCUUGAAACAGCAAUUUAUUGGACUGAGUAUAUAAUUAGAAACAAAAAUGAAUCCCAUGAACUUUUAAAAAGUCCAAAGAUCCACUUAAAUUUUUAUCAAGCAAAUUUACUUGAUGUUUUUGCAACUUUUUGUCUACCAAUUAUUAUUUCAUUGUUCAUUAUAGUAUGGACUAAGAAUCGUCUGAAUAAAUAUUGAAUUAUUUAAAUCACAUGUACAUUAAAGUAAAUUGUAUCCCUAACAGACAGGUGAAAAUAUGAGAUGAUUAGUUUAUUGUGAUAACGUAAUAAACUAAUUAUCUU